AGUGGCACCGCUGACAACAAAUACGAAUUGAUAACAAAAGCUUAUUCGAUGCACUUCUUUUGUAAAUUGUGUUAUAUUGUGUACUUAAAAUCCAAACAGUUAGUAAUAUUAGAAAUGAAAUAUUUAUGAAAGACGUAGAAUUUUGUUAAAAAAUGUAUGUGCAGGGCAUUGAAGCUAUAAAACUGUACAUACCUAAAGAUAAUUCUCAAAUUUCUACAAAUAUAAGGGAAGAGCGAGAACAAGAAAUAAGUGUAACCGAUACAAUGUCAUCAGCAGAACGGUACAGAGAAGAAUGGAACAAUCUUUUGAAGACUUUGGACGAAGACCCUGAAUGUAUACGCGAACAAGCAUUUGAGGGGGAUUUAAAAGUUUCGAAAUUUCGUAGCAUUUAUUGGUCCUUAUUGUUGCGUGUCUUAAAUCCACAUUAUCGGAGUUGGAGAGAACAACGUGAAAAACAAAGAAAACGGUAUGAAAAACUUAAAGAAGAAUUUAUUAGAGAUCCGCAUGAUAACGCAGUGCCUAAUGAUAAUCCAUUGUCACAAUCAGAAGAGAGCGUCUGGAACCAGUAUUUCAGUGACCGAGAUCUUUUUGCUGUGAUACGUCAAGAUGUAGUUCGAACUUUUCCUGGUGUGGACUUCUUUAGAAAGACACUAAUACAAAAUGCUAUGUGUAACAUUCUCUUUUAUUACGCUCGUGAACAUCCAUACAUGUCUUAUCGCCAAGGUAUGCAUGAAAUUCUGGCACCGCUAUUGUUUGUAUUUUACGGUGAUCAACAGUCUUUGCUUCACUUUACCGAAAUAGCGAAAAAUCAAACUAGUGAACUUCUUUCUAACGUGCUUGAUCCAAAUUACUUAGAAGCCGAUACUUACUCACUAUUUUCGCGUUUGAUGUCGUCCAUUGAGUCCUAUUAUCGUAUAAAGAACUUCCUGCAAUCGCCCACGCACUGUGCUGUCAUAGAUGAUGAUUUAAAUCCUGGCAUGGGAACUGGAGGAGAAAUCUUAAGCCAACUUAAUUCAAUUCGGGAAAAAAUUCUUGCCAAAGAAGACUUACAUCUGCACAAUUACCUUCUAAAACUCGAUAUUCCAUUACACAUAUUUGGAAUCCGUUGGCUUCGUUUGCUAUUUGGUCGAGAAUUUGCACUACUCGAUUUACUCAUCAUUUGGGAUGCGAUAUUUGCAGACAGCGAUCACUUCAAUUUGCCAAACUAUAUACUAGUCGCAAUGUUAAUACGUAUUCGUGACAAACUAUUGCUAAGCGAUCAAACAACUUGCCUAACAUACCUAAUGCGCUAUCCAACUAAUGUUGAUGUAAACUUAAUUUUACGCCAUGCUUUGCAUAUGCUGCAACCGAAGAGAUUCGAACGACCCAGUAAUGCAUUUGUUUAUUAUACCUCUAACAAGCAAGGUGCCGUGAAAGGAAUAAUUCCAAUAUCACGCAAAGCGAGCGAUCCAGAGACUUCCUACAAGUCACCAAAAAGUGGUUCACACUCAUCAGGAGAGCAUAUAUAUAGAAUGGAUGAACAAAUAACUAAGUUACAAACACAAAAUGCUGCAAAUUCUGCAGCUCAAUUUAGAAGAGAUGUUUCUGAAGAUGCAAACGCCGUCGCCGAAGGAUAUUCUAAAAAUAGCCUUGACCUUAUAAAUUUGGAAUUACAGAAUGCUCAAACUAUCAUCUCAAUAGCUCGUACCAAACUCCAAUCAUAUAUAUCUACCAUAAAAAAUAAUAUCCCUGGAAACAGCUCUAAAGAAUUGUUGCAGGCACUAGAUGGUAUCGAUGAGUUAUGUGGUUUUCUCGAUGUAAAAUUUGUGUUUCCAAUUCAUGCAACUAGACCACCAAUCGAUGAGGCGUUGGAGGCUAAUGAACAAGUCAAUUCGAAGAAAAGCCUAUGGAAAAAGUAUAAAAGUAACGAUGGAAUGACGUUGGCUGGGGUUGACACUAAGCCGAUGGCAAGUCAUGAAUCUCAUAGCGUAGGUGGAAAACACCGCCCUGUUUUAGCAGAUACAAAUUCCAUAUCGGAAUUUACAAUAAAUGCUUACGAACGUCCUGAUGAGAACGUUUCAGCAACACCAUCACAUUUAUUGCGAGGUGUACGGGAAAUUGAACUUCUAACCAUUGCAACUUCCGAAUAUGUCGAUGAGUUAACUGAAGGCCAACCGAAUAUCGCUGAUAUUCAAAAUGUAAUUACAACCACAACCAAUAGUGGGACAACACAAAAAUCUCAAUUCAGUAAAUGACCGUGUUUGCAUAAACACAUUCAUAUUAUCGUACAGAUAUAAAAUUUAGCGAAAUUCCAAAAGAAAUACGUACAAACUUAUGUUUGUAUGUAUGAUAUUAAAAAAAAAUCGUUCUACACAGCUUUACAAAUUUUUU